CCGGAGCCGCAGAAGAAGAGCAGGGAGCUGCUCCCAGAGCUCUAGAGAUACUAAGGCUCUGGCUGCUCCAUGGAGAAAGUGGUGGAGGAAGAGGAGUGGAAGAGGACCAGGACCAGUAGUAGUAGUAGUCUACAGACAGCUACAGCCAGAAUGGGUCGUGGAGUGGAGCUCAGCGACUUCCAGCGGGGCACCGUGGUGGGAUGCCACCUGUGCAAGAAGUCCAAUCGGGAGAUCUCCGCCCUGCUCAACCUGCCUGCGUCCACCAUCAGCUCCGUGAUCCUCAAGUGGAAACGCGGAGGAAUAACGACGGCUCUGCCCCGGAGCGGCCGACCGCACAAGCUAAAGGAGCAGGACCGCCAGGUGCUGGAAAGGGUGGCCAUGGAGAAGUGUCUGCCCUCCAUAGAGGCUCUCACCGCCGAGUUUCACACCGCCUCCGGGGCCAACGUGAGUACCACCACCAUCCGCCGGGAGCUCCACGAGAUGGGCUUCCGCGGCCGAGUGUCAUCCUACAGCAAGCCAGAAGGAGGGCAGAAGGUGGCAAAGAAGCCGGGAUCCCCUGACCAAGAGGAUGAAAAGGUAGACGUCUCUCGUCUGGACCUGCGUGUUGGACGCAUAAUAACGGCCGUACAGCUUCUAGACACUGACAGUCUGUAUGUGGAACAGAUCGAUGUAGGCGAAGCAUCUCCCAGGACAGUAAUCAGCGAACUGGCCAAGCACGUAUCCUGGGCCCAGAUGCAGGACCGCAUGGUGGUCGUGCUGUGUAACCUGAAGCCGGUGAAGACAAGAGGGAUGAUGAACCAGGCUGUGAUCAUGUGUGCCAGCUCACCAGAAAAGAUGGAGAUCCUUGAUCCUCCGAGUGGAGCCGAACCAGGGGACAGAAUAACUAUCCAGGGAUUCCCAGGUGAACCAGACAGAGAGCUAAACCCCAAAAAGAGGGUGUGGGAAGAGGUGCAGCCAGACCUGCGUACGGACAGCCGGUGUGUCGCCACCUACAAGGGAGCUGCCUUUGAAGUGGUUGGAAAGGGAAUGUGCAAAAGCCAAACUCUGAGUGAUUGUGAAAUCAAAUAAACUAAACAGAGCUGCCUGAAGUAGCUCGGUACAAAUCAGUGCAGCCGGAAAGGACCCAAGAUUUUGUGGACAGACUUCCCAGGAGAGGAAGUCAGCUGUUUCAUUUCAUGUCUUUAUUUUUAAAAGAAAAGAUGUUUUUUUUUUUUUUUUUUUUUUCAAUGAAGAUAACAAUAAAUGAAUCAGAAAUCCAA